CCUGGUCUUCCUCAGUCCGACCAUCGAGCCGCUGGCUUUCUGGGAGACUCUUUGGGCGGUUGGCGUCACCAACCUGAUAAUAAAGUUCCUCUUCAUGGGAGUGAAGUGCCUUAUCCUGCUGGUGCCCUCCUCACUGGUUUCCUGUAGGACCCAGGGUCGGUGGCUGAUGUUGACCGAGGAGCUGGGUCAAGUCCACCAGGCUACAGCACCUGUUCCACUGUGGUUCCGUUACCUGGUUACCUACCAGGAGUCUGAYGGGACCCCUGGCCUCACUCUGGGGGUCCUGCUGGCUCUGCUCUACCUCAUAUUGAAGCUCUUGGGAUUGUACAAGCAGUGGACGGUCUUACUGAGAACUGUCCGGGUUUUUCUAGCAGGCGAGCGUUGUGGCUCUGCAGCAACACGAGCUGAGUGCAUGGAGGCUGGAGACGUGUGUCCCAUCUGUCAGGGGGAGUACAGAGACCCCCGGGUCCUGAUCUGUCAG